GAUGAAACUAGUCGUCAGCGACUGCUGCUUGCUGCCGACAUUCUGGACAUUUGCGGGAAACAGAACAAUCUUUGUCUCUUGCUGCUCAAAGACGGGGCAAUCAAGAGUCUGAACGAUGUCGCUCUCAAGUACUACUCUACCAAGGACAAAGUUCCGGGUGCUGAUGCCGUUCGCGCUGAACUUCUAUUCCGCGUCCCUACAGCAGUACUUAGCGCCGUCGUGGACAAUGACAUUCUGGCAUUGGACUCCAUUGUUCGGGACUCUGUAUCUCGUGUCUUGAAGCUAGCUAUCGACGAGCAGUUUGACGUCCGCUCCGGCACUCUGGGGCUGUUCAUGGCUCGGCCCGCUUGUCAAGAUGAGCUAUCUAAGCUAUCCGCCCAAGAUGCACAGGCCGUACGAACAACACUCGAGUCCCUGUAUCGCCUCCAUCCCUUGGUUGUUGAUGCCGAGCACUUGGGGGCCUUGAUUGGCACUCGUUACACAUCCGCCCGCGUCAUUGCUUCCAGCGAUCGGGACGAGUUCAUCCAGCUGCUUGAAGGGCGAGGCUUGAGCUUCGCAACGGCCGCGAGGAUUCACCUCGAAGCCGAGCGCAUCGACCGGCGAAACGAUGCCUUCUGGGCUGACAUUGUCCGAACACGGCGCGAAGUCCCCGUCCUUGCCAUCAGCGGCUUGAACCAGGCUCAACCGCCGCCAUCCUCGGAUGACCAGGAUACCAACUUGACCACCUUGUUCAAUGACCUCGACAGCGUUGCUGCUGAGAACAGCACUUCUGUUUUGGGCCCAGCAUCCUAUCUGGUGGACCUUUUGAAGAUGCUCAGCACUGUCAACUUGUCGAUCAAAACUGUUGAACCAUGGACCAUCAAAGACGCUUUGAGUGCGCUGGAUGUGUUUCUUCACAGACGACCCGACAUUGCUACCACAAAGCUUUCCAAAGUCGACACAGAGACUCCCAUGGCAUAUCAGGAUCUGGCCAUCGAGGUCAUGGAGCAGUACCUCAGUCGCAGCCUGAGCACGGAGGGUGGCCAAAAGGUCGACGUGUACGCAGCCGUCAGCCAGCAGCUGGCUCCAAUGACCGCAUUUCCAUAUAGUUAUGCCAUCCUUACUACCCGCGAGCUCUUGCAGGCUAGAGGAUACUCGCGCUACGAGCUCCUACGGCGUUUCCAGUCCGACCAAGACCUGGUUCGUCGCGCGUUUCCAGGUAGCCCAGCAUGCGAGAGGACUUAUGCGGCGGCGGCCGAAAACCUUCACGAACGACGGCUUGCUGCCGAGUCACUCAAGCUACAGCCUCUCGACUUCCAGGCCAUCACUCAGGAGGCACUCCACAGUCCCAACUUCGUCCGGUUGCUCCAGGGUUAUAACAGGGAGAUGGCAUCGAAGACCUACAGGGAAGUAGCAGGGUUGCGGCAUGCUGGCGAGUAUUGGGGCUAUGAGGCAGACCCAGUCAUGGUGGACUCUGCUUCCGGGACUAGCUUGCGGCUAAUCAAGGAACAAUUGCUCAUUCGUUCCGGUCUGUCACCCUCGGAAUUGAACAUGGUCCUGAAGACACGCUACAUUGGCAAGCGUUUGGUGGUGACGCUGGCCAGCGGCGACGAGUUCAGUGACCGCCUUCAGGACAUGCGACUCCAGGAAUCACCUCUGAUCGGCGACGUCGAGGGCGUUGGAAGGCUCUCCGAGAGGACAUGUCUCGACCUCCAGGCGUUCAUCCGACUCUAUCAUCGGCUGGGCUGGUCUAUCGAGGCGACUGAUGCGGCCAUUGCUGCUCUGGCUCGUCGGGCUCAGAUCUACGAGAAGGACGCUUAUCGACAUCAUGUUCUGGAUGGCGGGUUUAUCGAGCGCCUAGCAGCAGCAAAUCGGCUGUCGACUCAAACGAAUGUACCACUGACGGAGCUUUUGCCGUUAUGGGGGCCCAUGGAUGCGCAAUUUCCAUCCUCGCUCUACACUGUGCUAUUCUUGCGUCCCGGCCUCGUUCAGCAAUAUCCAUCACUGAAUCUGGUCGAUGGAGAAACCCUGGUCAGCGCAACAUUUGGCCAGAACAUGGGUGCUCUCCUCCAAGCACUCCGUCUUACUCAAGCUGACCUGCUCGUGCUGAUGAAAAUCGUUGGUUUCGGACCGGAUACGCACUGGAGCUUGGGAAAUAUUGCGCAGCUGUACAGCCACCAGCUGCUGAGCAGGCUUCUGAAUCUUCCAAUUUCGCGAUAUUCCGAGUGGUGGAGUCACUGUGAGCAAGUGGCCAACCCGUUUAUGGAUCCACAAAGCACCUUGGUGGCACUGGAUCUAUGGCUGAGCCUGCCCGAAGAGAUCCCAUCUGUGGAAGCAGCGCUCAACUUGCUUGUCCCUGUCGAGAGCGACCACAAGUCAAGUGUCAAGGAUCUGGCCUUGAUUUCACAGAUGGUGCAAGGCAUGGCUGAGUUCCUGUCCGGGGCCCCAAAACUUAUUACUCGUCCUAAAUCUCUGAAUCAGGGCCAGCCGUCGCUUCUGGAGUUCUCUCAAGGGCUCUCCCUACAGACACUAAGCUUUUCUACAUCUAAAGGUGAAGCAAGCUUCAAUGAGACGUCGGUGUUCUCGGCGUCACGAGCCAAAAUUAUCUCCCACCAUCUGUCAUGUUUAGAACGAUGCCUGAACAUAGCCGAAACUUUGAAACUGGGUCCUGAGGAAGUGAACUUCUAUCGACAGCGCGGGGUGGACUUGUUUGAUCUGAAGCUCAAUGAUAUGCGAACUCUUCUGGACUUUCUCCGCAUCCGCAAACAGUUUGGAGCCUCUGGUACAUCUCUUGUUGGCUAUUGUCAAUACCUUCAGCGAGCUUCGAGACGCAUUGCUGAUCAAGCGGGUGACCACGACCAAGCCAAGGCAGAAGAAGACAAAGCAGAGGUGGAAAAGGCAUGGGCCGAACUCGUCGCAGAAACCCGCCAGGUAACAAAGCUCACAGCCGAGAACAUUUCUAUCUUCUUUAACUUGCAAUGGCCUUCGACGUCAGCCUCAGAGGCGGCCAUGAAUUUGUUGGCUCGGAACCUAUCGCCUCUCCAGAAACUGGCCGAUUGUUGUGAAAUGUCAAGUACGCUGGCCGUUUCCAUCUCGACGCUCCACCAAUGGUCCCAGGUUUCUCACCUGCCUACGAAGCCUGAGGACUUUGACUCGAUCGGACAACUCAAGGCUUCGCUGUCAUCGGGAAACGCGACGAAUGCGCUGACCUGCGCCAGAGAAUCUCUCGCUUCGACACAGCAGCGGGUUUUGCAGGAGGCCUUGCUACGAUUGCCAGAAUUCAAGGCCAAGAAGAUCACCACACCCGAUGAUUUGUCGGCUGAAUUGCUUAUCGACGUCAAGAUGGGCCCAGCGAUGCAGACGUCACGCAUCGCCCAGGCCAUUGCCAGCGUUCAGCUCUUCGUGCAGCGCAGCCACCUCGGCCUGGAAAAGUUAUACGGCCUCCCCACCACCGCAGUCAAGCGGCCGCUGUGGAGUUGGAUGAGCAAGUACACGCUCUGGCAGGCGAACCGGAAGGUGUUUCUCUAUCCCGAAAACUGGGCGGACCCGUCGUUGCGAGACGACAAGACGCCUGCAUUUGAGGAGCUGGAGAGCAAGAUGCUACAGAUGAAUCUUAACAAAGACCUGAUCAGCCAGCUUCUUCGGGAAUACGUCUAUGCCGUCCACGAGGUGGCUGAUCUUGAUGUCCAAAGCUAUCUGUGGGAGGCGACCCGAGGAUUCCGUGGAAACUACCAUUUCUUCGCCCGAACGCGUACGGCGCCCUUCGACUUCUACUAUCGUCGCUUGGAAGUAACCGGCGCCUCGGCGGCAUCCGUUCGAUGGAAUUGGCUGCCAUGGAGCAAGAUGGAAGUCGAAAUCCCUACCCACGAGGUUGAUGCAGACCACAAACCACUUAAACGACCCGGCAGCUACCUCCUACCGGCUCUCUUUAAGAACCGGCUGUUUCUUUUCAUCCCGCAGAUCACGCGCCAGACGAAGCCAGCUGCACCACCGACAAAGCCCAUGAUGGAGGCAGCACAAGACGCCUCCGGGUCGAAGCCUCCCGAGCAGUACUGGGAGGUCAAAAUGGCCUGGGUUGAGAUGCGCAACGGCAAGUGGUCGCCCAAAUACGUCACUGCGACCGGCAUCAACGUCGAGCCGACUACACCAGAAACUGCACCAGCAACUGCAUCUGGCCCAGCGUUGCCCUCUAUCGCAUCGUUUCGAUUCCGCCUUGAGACACGUAACUCUGGGCAGAGCCUAGCCAUCAAUGUCGACAAGUGGAAACUAGAGACCGAUACCCCGGCAGUGAAAGGGUCCUUUCAGAAGCAAGGCAGCUUCGAGAUGCAAGGGCUGCUGCUACGACUGGUGGAAACAUCGUCGAGGUCCGCUGUUGGCUCGUCCAUUGCUGGUAGCGUUGCCUUCUCUCGGAUCUCGCACAAAGAAACCACCAAGAACGUGGAACAGCUGCGCAAAACCGUCCAAAACUACGCCGUGGGAAUUGACCCCAAGUCGAAGCAGAAAUCGCUGCUGACCGUUCCGAACCCCAAGAGCGUAGUCGACGACAAGUAUGAACUCACGUGGCUACUGACUUAUGAUGAUUCGCAGUUCAAUGGAACCUCAGGUCUUGUAGUAGAACGGUCCACGUCGACUCAAGUCGAGUCCUUCUUUGGGUAUCCGGACAUGACCGCGGAAGGGGAAAUCGACACCACCAACAAGACCACUGUCACGACACACCCCCUCACUCACGAAGCCUCGCUGAGCCUGGUCGAGGAGAUUGCCGACAAGGAAGGCUACGAGUGCAUUUUCGAAGCCAUGGAGACACUGCCCAAAGACAAACAGAAACUGGCGUUUGGUUACGAUAGCAACACGUACAGCGAACUGGCUACUCCUAGCUCAGUCUACAACUGGGAGCUGGGUUUCCAUACUGCUGCCCUGCUCAUGGAAAGGUUGCUGGCUACCCAGCAGUUUGAUCUCGCUAUCGAGGUCUCGCGCCUCGUAUUCGACCCCCCACCGAAGCCUUUAUCCCGACUAGACAAGUGUUGGCGAUUCAUCCCAUUCAAGUCUUCGAAGCUACGGUUAGCUGGCUCCGUCAGGGACACCAUCCAAAGGCUCGCCCCUGGAGAAGCCAAAUCCAGCGACAUCACCGACUGGGAGGCGAAUCCAUUCUCGCCACAUGCCGUUGCCCGUAACCGACCGGCCGUGUACAUGAAGCGAUUUGUUAUGAAGUGUAUUGAGAUUUUGAUCGCCAGUGGGGAUCAGUAUUUCCGCCAGAAUUCUUUAGAAGCAGUUCCGUUGGCUACCCAGCGCUACGUUGAGGCUUCCGCGUUGUUUGGGCCCGCCCCUAUCGCGAUUGAUCCGCCCACUAAACCUGUCACUCGGAGUUAUGACGAGAUCCGACACCUGGUGAACGACUUUGCUACUGCAUCAGUAGACAUGGAACUCGAGUUCCCGCACUUCAUCAAUCCCAUCAUGAGGGGUGGUGGUACUAGACUAGGUCGGGAGCAGCAACCCGAUCUUCGCAAUGGCACCCUCGGCUUCGUACGGUCCACGUAUUUCGGUGUCCCGGCCAACCCGCAGAUGCAAGCCCUCCGUGAUCUCAUAGACGACCGGCUCUAUAAGAUCCGAAAUGGACUGGAUAUUAAUGGCAACCCCCGUCGUCUCCCAUUAUUUGACCCACCCCUAGAUCCUGGUCAGCUCGUUGCCGCGCUGAGCUCCGGCGCAGGCCUCUCGAGCUUUGCACAAGGGCUAGAUGGAGGGCCUAUGCCUAACUACCGUGCCAGAUACCUGCUGCAAAAGGCGUUGGAUCUCUGCGGAGAAUUGCGCGGUUUCUCUGACUCGUACUUGUCCAUCAGGGAGCGACAGGACGCUGAGGCAAUGGCCAAUUUACGUGCAAAACAGGAGACUGGAGCCUUGGCCCUCAUGGGCGAGGUCAAGCGACUCCAAGUUCAGGAGGCAUCGAUGGCUAUUGACGCCCUCGAGGAGACCCGGAAGUCACACGUCUCCAGGCUGCAGUAUUAUCUUGCCCUUCUAGGGGAACCAACAGACCAUGUGCCGACAUCUAAGACCGAAUGGGUGGACUUUGACUUUGGUAUAGUUCAGCCUAACAAAGACGAGCUGCGGAUGAGUCAGGAGGAGUGGCUGGAAUGGACCUUGACAGACCAGGCAAGACACUCGAAUAAUGUAGCGACUUGCAUCGAGCAGAACGCAGGUAUUCUCAUGGCUUUGCCCAGCUUGACCGUUCAGAUUGAGCCGAUGGGUGUUGGAACAUCGUCUCAGCUUGAUGCCUCAAUUAUUGCUAGGGGUAUGAUGGCUGGAGCUGGGGUCAUCAGGGCCGGGGCCCAGGCUUCAACUGACAUGGCGUUCCGAGUAUCUCGCAAGGGUCAACUGGUCCGCCAACUACAAGAGCGCAAACUACAGGCCAACAUGGCGGGUCGCGACAUCCAGGGUAUCGACAAGCAGAUCGCCAGCCAGAAGAAGCGGAUCGAGAUCACCCAGGCAGAGCUGCGCGCACACCAACAGCAGGCGGCCGAUGCAGCGGAUACUGAAGCGUGGCUGCGCUCCAAGUAUACGUCUGAGAAGUUAUAUUCGUGGCUCGAGGUGCAAACCCGCAAGCUGGCUUACCAGGUUUACCUUUCAGCGCUCGACAUGGCUAAGACGGCGGAGCGCGCCACGAUGUUUGAGUAUGGACCGAGAGCUCAAUCAUUUCUGUCAAACGCCUACUGGGAUGAGUCCCGGGACGGGUUGUUAUCGGCACAGCAGCUCACGGCAGCGUUGCAUCGCAUGGAAAAGUUCUACAUCGAGAAUACAGCGCACGACUACGAGCUUACCAAGACUAUCUCCCUGCGGCAAACCUCUCCUUUGGCCCUUAUCGACCUUCGCACAAAGGGCGUCGCCGACUUUGAGAUCCCAGAGGUGCUCUUCGACCAUGACUUUCCCGGCCACUAUUGCCGACGCAUCAAGUCCAUCUCGGUCACCAUCCCCAGCAUUAUCGGUCCCUACACAGGCGUCAACUGCACUCUGAGACUGCUUGAACACCGAUACCGCCUCAAAGCCGGGACAUCUUCAACGGGAAGCUACUACCUCGCAGAUACCUCCAAUGACGAGCGCUUCCACACGGAUUCCAUCCCCAUCACGUCCAUUGCCCUCAGCACGUGCAACCAUGACAGUGGCGCCUUUGAGCUCAACUUCAACGGCGACCGGUACGUCCCAUUUGAGGGCGCAGGGGUCAUCAGCAGGUGGAAGCUUGAACUGCCAGGGCCGUUUCCACAAUUUGACUAUCACACCAUCAGCGACGUGCUCUUUACGGUGCAGUACACUGCCCUUGAGGGCGGGGCCAUGUGGAAGCAGCAGGCUUCAGACGCGGUGCGCAAGUUCCGAAGUGAGCUGAAGGAGGAUCUCGGGCACGAGGGUGCGCUCUUGUUGGUUGAUCUGCGUGCUGAUUUCCCCAAUGAGUGG